AUGCCUUCGGCCGAUAUCCAGUCGGUGUUUUCUCCCAAAACGCAGUGGUCCGACAUGCAAUUGCCAUGUGUGACAUCCCAGAAAGAACCAGCAGAACCCACCAGACAGUCUUACUUUGAUCCCGUGUGUGAAUUACCAGCGUGGUCGGAUGAGCCGAAUUCAUGUGCAUCGUCAUCCGAUAAGUCGUGUUUACGGUCAUCGCUGAAGUCAAGUAGGAGUCGUUCCGCACCGAGUACGCCUGUUGCCACCAAGUCGGUGCAUUUCGAUAUCCCUUUGGAGCGUAUCACAUUAUUUCAUGAACAACCCGAACGCACACAAGCAACCAGUGAAUCCUAUACUAACCGUGACGAUAAUACCUGGAUGGUCACAUUGGAGUCUUUACUGUGGGAUUCUCCAGAGUUCACCCUCACAGGGACGGUUCAGGUGCAAAAUAUUGCUUACCGUAAGGAAGUAUCGGUGCGGUAUUCGUUAGAUGACUGGCAGACAUCGUACGAUGUUCAGGCGGUUUUCAAAGAAUCGUACCGCGAGCACAUGGAUCGCUUUCAGUUUCAGAUACACCUUGGUCGUGUUAUUCGUCCUUAUACGAGAAUUAGCUUGGCGGUACGGUAUCAUGUGGGAGGGCGCGACUUUUGGGACAAUAAUCGUGGUAGGAACUUCAACGCUCACUGGGCUCCAAGUCGCCGAUUCAGCAGUCCAUGGAGCUAG